AUGGCUACCUCCUCAAAGGCUCCCAAAGACAGGCUGAAGAAAUUUAAGUACCAAGGCAAAGAAAUGUCUUUGCAGCGACAACAGAGGAUUGCUUCCAGCCUACAACUCCGGAAGUCCAGGAAAGACAAGCAGGCACUCAAGAGAAGAAAUAUCAAUCUAUCCUCCAGUGAUGUGGCUUCUCAGGCACCAGUCAAAGAGGCCAACUUCACUCUGGACGACAUCAUCAAAGGGAUGAAUAGUUCAGAUCCAAUGCUGCAUUUACUGGCCACCCAGUCCGCCAGGAAAAUGGUAUCUCAGAAAAAUAACCCUCCUCUAAAUUUGAUUAUUGAGGCAGGGCUUAUUCCCAACCUGGUGGCCUUCCUGAAGGUGACAUCUCUCCCUGACCUGCAGUUGGAAGCAGCCUGGGCACUCACCAAUAUUGCCUCAGGGACUUCAGAGCAGACCCGAGCUGUUGUGGAAGGCCAUGCCGUCCAGCCCCUGAUUGAACUCCUCUGUUCCCCACACCUGACCGUGUCUGAGCAGGCGGUGUGGGCCCUGGGAAAUAUAGCUGGUGACUGUGCAGAAUUCAGAGACAAUGUCAUUUCCAAUAAUGCCAUUCCGCACCUGACCAACCUUAUUUCAAAAGACAUACCAAUCACGUUUCUUCGGAACAUCACAUGGACUUUGUCCAACUUGUGCCGAAACAAAGAUCCGUACCCUUGUGAGGACGCCGUGAGACAGAUGCUCCCUACCCUGUGUCAGCUCCUGCUACAUCGUGAUAAUGAGGUCCUCUCAGAUACCUGCUGGGCCCUGUCCUACCUGACUGAGGACGGCAAAGAGUACAUCCAUCACGUGGUGACCGCCGGCAUCCUGCCCAGGCUUGCAGAGCUUAUCACCAGCUCGGAACUCGAUGUCUUGACCCCUUGUCUCCACACUCUGGGCAACAUUGUGACUGGAACAGAUGAACAGACCCAAAUGGCCAUUGAUGCUGGUAUGCUGAAGGUUUUGGGCCAGGUCCUGAAGCACCCAAAGUCCUCCAUCCAGAGGCUCGCUGUCUGGACCCUGAGCAACGUGGCCGCUGGGCCCAGACACCACGUGGAGCAGAUGAUUUUGUGUAACUUGCUGCCUGCCUUGGUAGACCUACUAAGGAAUGCAGAAUUAAAAGUCCAGAGGGAGGUGGUGUUCACCGUGGCUAACAUGGAGACAGGGGCCUCUCAGGACCUGCUGAGCCUGCUUGCCCGCUCAGGGAUCUUGGAGCCAAUGCUGAGCCUGCUCACUGCCCUGGACACGGAACUAAUCAUGGUCAUUCUUGACAUCAUUUCUUAUCUCUUCCGGGAGAUAGACGAUCGACAGGAGAAGAAAAGACUGUGUUUUCAGAUAGAAGUUGGCGGCUUUGAAAAAAUUGAAUCCUUACAGUUCCACCGCAACCCUUACAUCAGCAAAAGUGCCCUGGACAUCAUUGAGAAGUAUUUAUGUGAGCGCCGUGCUCGGGAGCGCGCACGCACGCACGCACGCAAGCUCGAGGCCGCGCAGGGCCGGGCCGGCACGGCGGCGGGCGCGCGCGGCUCGGGAGGCGGCGGCGGAAGCAGCGAGGGCGGCGGGCGUCCGGCUGCGAGCGCGGCGGCUCCGGGCUGGGCCAGCCAGGGGCGGCUCCUGGCGGCGGCGCGACUGAGUGCUCGUUUCUACGGUUCCAGCCCGUGGUCUCCGUCCCAACGCCUGCGCCGCGCACUCGGCGUCCCGGCUCGGACCCCGGCGCCCAGCCCGUGGCCGUAA